AUGAAGAACCGGCCGUUCAUGGGUCGCAAGCUGUCUCUUUUCUACAUCGGCACGAUCAUCUUGGUCCAGCCAUACUGGGUGGCCGAGAUCUACGCCAACUUUGCCUACUUUAACGACAUCAACCGUACGGUUUACGAGAAGAUCCGCCCAUGGGAGGCAUUGUUCCGCGACCCCUGGUGGAUCUACACAACAUGUAAUCUCUUCUGGGUGGUCAAGAAACACUACUGCUUUGGCAUCGUUGAGCUCGUGCGUGAAUGUCCCCGUUUUGGACUCAUGCUCGCCUCGAUGUGUCUGUCCAUGGUGUUCAUUGUCUUGGAUGUCCUCAGUGUGACUGGAGCACUCCAGUCUGCCAUGCCGCUCGGCAUAAACCCUUUCUGGAAGCUUUGCUUCAUGUUCAAGUGUCUGUGCGAUACGAUUAUCCUCGACGACUUCAAAACUGCACUCGACAACCUUAGUUCUCGAUGGCUUGCCAGGCAGGGAGUUCAGGUAUUAGGUAAGCUGCGUCUCAAUCUGCCUUCUUUCGCAAGGCUUUUGUAG